AUGUCGAUACACGCUCUACCGCAGGCGGCUGUGCGCACCAUUCGAUCCGGUCAGGCUUUGACGGACCCUACCUCGGUUGUGAAAGAACUUGUUGAUAACGCCCUUGAUGCCCGAGCAUCUAACAUCACUGUCGAGAUCUCCACGAAUACACUCGAUCUGAUCCAAGUCAAGGAUAAUGGUCAUGGAAUUGCGCCUACCGAUAGGCCACUGGUGGCGAAGCCUUAUUGUACCAGUAAGCUUAAAGAUGAGAAAGAUCUUGCUCUUGUAGGUUCGUUCUAUCUCGGCUUUCGAGGUGAAGCCUUGAGCAGUGCAUUGGAGAUGAGUGGUGAGAUGACCAUCACUACAAGAGUCGAAGGCGAAAGUAUUGCUACUGCUAUCAAACUUGAUCAAAAUGGCGAACCGGUUCAAGAUCGUGCCACUCAUCCACCUGGAACCACAAUUCGUAUCGUCAAUUUCCUCAAGAAUCAGCCAGUCCGCAAGCAGGUCGCCUUGAAAGUUGCACCCAAGACUUUGACGAGGAUCAAGCAGUUGUUGCAGUCGUAUGCUUUCGCCAGGCCGGCCACCAGAUUGUCAUUGAAAGUUAUCAAGGCCAAAAGUGACAAGGACAAUUGGACCUAUGCACCAAAGGUUGGCAGCGGUAUCGAGGAUACAGCUCUCAAGGUCGUCGGAAAACCUUGUGCUGCUCAGUGCGUCUGGGCCGAGAUGGAGCACGAAGGCUUCACUGUGCAAGCGUUUUUACCUCGCCCUGAUGCACAUGCUUCGAAGAUCAGUGGGCUGGGACAGUAUGUAUCGGUUAACGAUCGACCUCUCACUUCGUCCCGUGGCAUUUCAAGGCAGCUUGUGAGGAUCUACAAAGAAAGUCUCAAAGGCUCAUCCUCUCUGCAUGAUGCCAAAGACCCCUUUCUUUAUCUCUCGCUGUCUUGCCCACCAGGUAGCUACGACGUCAAUAUCGAGCCGGCGAAAGACGAUGUGCUCUUUGGCGAUGUCGACAAGGUCACAGAAGCCGUCAGACGACUGAUGUUGAUCUCAUACCCGGAGAAAGACGACGUGGUCGAACCGACGAUCGCGCUCAAACCUGCUCAGGUUUAUCGUGUGCCGGAGACAGAGACGAGACCCAAACGAGCCGAGGCGAAGGACAACAUGUACGAUCUCGAUGAGGAUGAUCUCACUCUAUUCAUGGAUUCGGUAGAACAACCCAGACUUGAUGCUGUUGAGGAAGAAGAGCGACCUGGAACUCUCAGAAGUGCCGCAAUGUCAAAUCCUUGGGUGACCGCCAAGAUGAAUGCUUACAGCAACAAGAAGACCGCCCCGAACGUCCAGCUCUUGACUCCAGCUAAACCGGCUUCGAGUGCCACACUCGAGUCGAGCUCACCUGCUUUUGAAAUACACCAUUCGCAGCAAUAUGCGCCCGGACUGCCGACACCACGACCGUCAUCGCCUGUAUCCAUGCUUACAGAGGAAGUAGAACCUUCCGGUCACCAUCGUAUGAUAGGCCCUCCUGAUCUUCCACCACCCAUACCUCAUAUGUCAAGUCAGAGCAAGUCGCCAAUACGGAACAGUUUCGAAGCUUCGGGCUCAUCUUCAGCUCCUCACCGGAUGACUCUACCUCCUGACCAGGCUCCGGAAGGCACACCUUUAGACAGCAUACCAGAAGUGGCACUCAGGAGGCGUAGUCCGGCAAAACAGCAGCAGCGAUCAUUCGCCAACAAGCCCUUCGUAUCACCAGUCGACCCCGAACGUGACGCAUGGUUCCAUUUCCCGGAGUCGCAAAGAUCGAAGCAAUUCGCGCCAAAGAGAAUGUUGCAGAGACAGAGUGUCGAAGGACUCGUCCCAAACGAAGAGCCAUACUCGUCAGGCGCUACACCUACUCCCAACAAUGCUGACAUUCGUAACUUCCUUGGCCGAGGUCGAGAUCAGCAGUCUGCUACUCCUGUGCCCAACUGUCCGACAGAUUCAGGCGAUGAGAGUGCACUACAAACUGAGAUUCGCCACGAGACGCAGCCUAAGGGGUUCGUCAAGGCCAGUGAACUUGACCUCGAGAGCACUAAAUUUGUGGAGGCUGUACAUUCUGCUCCAAAAGCAAAGCCGAAGCGCCACAGAACAGCAGACGAUCGUGCGCUCGAAGAGAUAUCUGGGAAUGGCAGAGCAGAUGACGAAGGGGCAAGCGGCUCAGAAUACGAAGACCGUCCCCGUCGUCGCCGCACUGGAGAAUCGGACCCAAAACGAUUACGACGUACCAAAUCUGCAACUCUACCACUCGAAAAGGUGCCUGUAGAGUCACAGACUCAAAGCUGGAACACUAUGCUAGCCGUGACAGUGGAUGGCUUAGAUGAGCAGUUGCGGCACAUUGUGUCGGAAGGCACCUUUAUGGCCUGGAAUGCACCUGCUUUCGACCCACUAGCAGAGCAGAAGAGAAGCUUCACAGAGGAUGAUGUGCAGCUCUGGACCUCUUUGCUCAGUCAAUCUCUUCUCAGACUUGAGCCAGAAGCGGAACUGGUGCGUGAUUUGGUUGACGUUGUUAGAAACUCCAUGAGCAGAUGGGAAUCUUUUGCUGUUUGA